UUGAGUGCACUCCGCCAGAGCACUAGGUUGGGCGUAUGUUCCCUUCAUUACACCACGGCCACUCAACCGCUUUUGCGUGCAGGAUUUUAUCAAACAACAAGCUACAGACUUUAAUUAGGCGCCAUCACAAUAAAGGUUUUCAUUCAAGAUUUGCCGAAGAGUUUUGGCGCGAGUUUUUUAACGCGGAGGAAUGCGGUUGUGCAUCGCCCUUUAAAAUUAAAUGGUCUCCAUUCGUCGCCACACCCACUGCCAGCUUCUGUCCGCGUGGGCUCUGACAUGCCGCAAGGAGGCUCUGCGGUUUUUCCAACUAUUUUAAAAAUAAUUGUACAAUUUUUUUUAGACUGACCGUCUUUGUCAAUCUCCUUUUUUCGCCAUAUUGUUCUGGAAAAAAAGGUAAGACGUGACUUUUUGUUCUUUUCCUGCAUGUCUACCGGCUUCUUGCAAUAAGUUACUCGUUAAGAAAUCAGUAAAAGUGUUGUAAAGUAUGAUCCAUUGUGUACUUUAAUACGCGAUAAUUGCAUGUCUUUUCAUUCAUUGUCUAUUCACUCACACGUCAAUUUGUCUGCAUUCUGUACAGUAUAAAGGCUUUAUCUAUAACUAUAUACUGUUAAGUAUCUGCUUUAUUCCAUUUAAACAAUACUGUUAAGAGUUUAAAUAUUAGUUACGUUCAUAUCCGCAGGGAUUUUCUUUGUUGAACUUUUCGACAUAGCAACCUUUUUCAGUUAAAACACUAUUCAAUGCCACAGGAAUAUAGAAUAGAGGUUUUUUGUCACAUUAGUAUUAUCAGAGAAAAUUGUUUUAGAUGAAUUACUUGUAAUUAAUUGACGACAUAAACAUCUUUUUUGUUUAUUCGCUUUCUAAAAGUCAAACCGAAUGAUUUAACUUUUUAAAUGUGAAGGAAAAAAAAGUAGUUUGGAACAAAACUCUUGCGGACCUUUCCAGCUGUUCGGUGACAUCACGCGCGGUCGACGGGAACUCCGCCCACUUGGGCGGGGCCACCAUUGUAAACACGAAUAAAAUGGACGCGCGAGCCGCGAAACUUUGCAAACCGGCAGUGCAUGAGAACAACACUUCGCAGGCCGUUGAGAAACAAGCCGCUGUUUGUCGGUAGUACAAAGCCGGAUGGGAUUUUGAAUGCAAACUUUUUCUAAAGGAUUCUUUUCUGACAGGUUCGGUCAAGAUGUUGCAAGCUUGUUCUCCAUCGCACGAGUGGCUCUGCGACUCCGAGCCGCUGCUGUUUGACGACGAGUUUUGUUUGAGUCUCAUGAAGGACUUGCAGUCCAUCCCCACGCCGCCCCAGUCUCCUCCGAUGAAACCCGAGCUCGCGAAGAACUUGUCCACGGUGGACCAGUUAGAGUUGGUAUCUGAACUUUUAAUGGAGGAUAGCGACUUUCUCCAACUGGACUGGAACUUUACCGGCACCGCGUCUGCCGCGGACGACCCGCUCUCGGGGGACUUUCUGUGGCGCGCCACCGACGGAGGCAAACACAUCGAGGAUAAACUCUCCGCGGUGCUCGCCACGAGUCCCUUGCUCUCCGAUAUUGACACUGAGAUUUUUGCCGAAAUCGCCGGCUCUACGCUGGAUUGCCACAAUGUGGCGCUCGCUUGUCAGGCUCUGGAGAGCGAGGGCUUACCGCCGGACAGCCAGGAGCUGAUCGAGUCCACGUCUGAUUACGGUUCACUGUCCACCGGGGGAGAAUCAUCUACAAGCGAUUCUGACGAGGAGAUUGACGUAGUGACCGUACGGAAGUCGAGCACGCUGACGCGUUCUCAGCACCAGCAGCAGUUGGAGGACAGUCGGCGUGAGCAGGAGCUCGCUCUCAAGCGAUGUCACUUUGAAAUUCAGCAACAGCACAACUACGCCGCCCCACGGCCCGCCUCUCCUCCUCCCCCGCCUUCCCCCCCUCCCAAACGCUCCCGAGGGUCUGGAGACUCCCACCGAAGCACGCAGAGUUCAGGCCGCUCUCGCAGUCUGGCCUCCCGACAGCCGGUGGACACGGAGGACGAAGAAGAGAGGAGGAGGACGCACAACGUGAUGGAGAGGCAAAGGCGCAACGAGUUAAAGAACUGCUUUCUUAAGCUACGGGACAACGUCCCCGAACUGUCCAGUAACGACAAGGCUUCCAAGGUGGUGAUUUUAAAGCGGGCGAAAGAAAGCAUAAGAAAUCUGGAAACGGAGAACCAGAGACUUGCACAGAAGAGAGAGAAACUUAGACAACGACAAGAACAGCUGAAAGGCAGACUGGAGAAGCUCAAGAGACUGUGAGCGUCUGGGACUGAACGUUGCCGGUUUGGCCACUAGAUAGUUGUCUAAGGGGACCGUAACACUUUUGACUGACUAACUGCGGAGACCUCGGAUUUUAUGUCACCGUUUGGAAACACGCAUGGUCAAUGCUAGAAAUGUUCUCAGUGUUGUGACUUUGCAAUUGUUAAAGUCAUUUUGUUCUUGAGUCUUAAUAUGAAACCCUUUCAUAGACUGCAUAAUCGGUUAAAAGCAUUGUUAGCCUUAAAAUAAACGAGCCCUCACACAUUCUACCUGUUUGUUCUUGGCAUACACACUUUUUUUUUUCCUAAUGUUUUGGGCUGGAUCCAAAGGAUGUUAAAAUAAGGGGUUGAAUGUAAUUUGCAGAUUACAUUUUUAUAGAAUUAAAGUUUGCAUUUAAUGUGAUGUUCAAACUGGAAAGAUAAACUAUAUUGGAUUUUGUGUUCAUGCAAAGCUUGUAUUGUUGAGGUCUGGAGUUAUGGAGGGUGUUCACACUCUGUUUUUGACUCCAUGUGUCUACUUUGUUGGUUAUUGUAUGUUCCCUUCUGUUUAUCUACCUCUACCAGGAACAAACCUGGCUAUUUUAUUGCCUUCAUAAUGGCAACUUUUUUUUAUGUAAAUACCUCCUGUUAAUUAUGUAUCAUAAAUUAUUUAGGAUUUUUCCCCUUGGUUCAUUUCCAGGUUUUUUGAGAAAAAAAAAAAAAAAAGUUCUGUUCAUCCUCAAGUGCACUUUGUUUUAUAAAGUAAUAAAGAAUGAGCAAGAUGA